AUGCUACGUAUAACGCUGCUGCUGACGCUCGUGGCGCUCGCGUGCCACGCCGCUCCUUCCUCUGACGAUGCAGCUGUCGAGCCUCUAUACAGAAGUGUGACCAUCGCCGACUACAAGACUGCUCUAUCACAGAGUAAAAGUCUCGUAAACAGGCAGAAAGGCAGAAUCAUCUCGAAAACUGUUGACAAACUGCUCGACGAGAACCAAAAGAAGGUUAUGUAUUACGCGUACUAUCUGUGGAACAAUGGAGCCGAAGACAUUGUCAAGAAUUAUUUCCCGCUACAAUUCAGGAUGAUCUUUAGCCAGCUUACCGUCAAGCUCAUCAACAAGAAAUACAGCAUGGAGCUCAAAGUAGGACUUAGCACUGAUUCCGACAAUGAAAGGACUGUGUAUGGCGACUGCGGUCAGGUUGGCGAGAGGGCAGCCUGGGAAUUCAAAUUUAACGAGGCAUCAGACGAAAAGGUCUACUUUAAAAUCUACAACCCUAACGAUAACCAAUUUCUGAAAUCUGGCAAUUCAGCUGAUAGAUUCGAUGACCAUCCGAUUUACUCAUCUACUAACUCUGACACAUUCAGACACCAGUGGUACCUUGAGCCAGUGGUGUACAAUAAGGGAGCUUCCUAUUCUACGUCAUCAACCGGGCGUACAGCCAGCCCCUGA